AUGACGCCAGACGCCGCCACGCCGGCGCGCUUCCGUGACGUCAGCGCGAAGAUGGCGGCGCUGGCCCGCGGCAAGGGGCUGGCGGCGUUGCUGAUCGCGGCGGGGCCGGUCUGGGGCGGGGGUCCGCGGCGCUGGGUGCGGGCCCUGAGGCGGAGCCCCGUGAAGGUGCUGAGCCCCGGCCAGGGGCCGGGGGCGACGGCGGCGAAGCCGGAGCCGCAGCGGCGAGGGAGGGAGAGCACAGGCCCGGGCCGGGCACCGGAGCCGGAGACGCGGGCGAGCCCCGGCGCGUGGGGGGAGGCGGGGCUGCGCUACGAGCGGGCCCUGCCCGGGGACCGGAGGCUGAGCAAAGUGAUGACAGUUGUCAAGUCCAGGACCUUACGUGAUAAGCAGGGGAAGAUCCUGCUGGAGGGCCGGAGGCUGAUUGCUGAUGCCCUGAGAGCUGGUGCUGUGCCCCAAACAGUCUUCUUUAGUCGACUGGAAUAUAUAAAGGAGCUCCCUGUGGAUAAACUAAAAGGUGCCAGCCUCAUCAAGGUGAAGUUUGAUGAUAUCGAGGAAUGGUCCGACCUCGUGACUCCACAAGGAAUAAUGGGGAUUUUUGCCAGACCUGACCAUGUUAAGAUGAAGUAUCCAGAGACCCAGCUUCAACAUUCACUGCCCUUGUUGCUGAUCUGUGACAAUCUCCGAGAUCCUGGAAACUUGGGCACUAUCCUGCGAUCUGCCGCUGGGGCCGGCUGCAGUAAGGUGCUGCUCACCAAAGGUUGUGUGGAUGCUUGGGAGCCCAAAGUGCUCCGGGCUGGCAUGGGGGCUCAUUUCCAGGUGCCCAUCAUCAGCAACCUAGAGUGGGAGGCCGUACCCAACUACUUGCCUUCGAACGCCAGAGUCCAUGUGGCCGACAACUGUGGCCUGCACGCCCAGGCCCAGAGGUCUGGUAAAGCCAGCGACCAGGGCUGGGUCUGCGACCGGCGCUUUCAGAAACAUCGCAAGUAUGAGGAGGUGGAGGAGACGGAGCCGGCCGGCAGCUGGCUCCCAGAACUCGAGGUCCAGGGUUAUGACACAGCUUGGACAGACGCUCCGGCAGCUGUGGUGAUAGGCGGGGAGACGCACGGGGUCAGCUUGGAGUCCCUCCAGUUGGCUGAGAGCACAGGAGGGAAGAGGCUGCUGAUCCCCGUCGUGCCGGGUGUGGACAGUCUGAACUCUGCCAUGGCUGCCAGCAUCCUGCUCUUUGAAGGGAGGAGGCAGCUGCGCCUCCUCCAGGAAGAGCGAGCCUGCGCCUGGGGGGCAGGUGUGCCCCAGCAGGUGUCACCAGGGCUGGGGUGACAGACCUCUGCCCUCCGUGCUUCAUUUCCACUUUGGAGGAGUUAGGAGGGGCUGUGUGACACUUACCUGAUCCCUGUGUUUAUUUCUAAUUAUAUUUUUUUCACAGAA